AUGCAUCUCUCCUUGUCGCAACAUUUUUUCCUUCUUUCUGCAUACUCUAGCCUUGCGUUGGCUCAGGGAGGCGCUGACGCUGAUCCUUAUGUCCCCGUCUACACACAAUGUCCGAGAGACUUAGAGAUUCGCGCUGCAAAAGAUGGCCUGUCUGACGAAGAAAGUGCAUGGAGAGAACUUCGAGCAAAGCAGAUGAUGUCUAACUUAGAGGACUACCUGAAGCUAGCCAAAAUCAAUGAUUUUGACAUCAACAAGUACAUGGACAAGCUCAAAGAAGAUGACGUCCCAAUUGUUGGUCUUUCUGUCUCGGGUGGCGGUACGCAGUCUGGUCUAGGUGGCCUUGGUGUCUGGAAGGCCUUUGAUUCUCGUUCCGAUGCAGCCAUUGCUGCUCGUACCGGAGGUCUAGCCCAGCUUCUGUCCUACAUCACUGGUCUAUCAGGUGGUGGUGCUGUCACUGUCGGCCUCCUCGCGGCAAACAACUUCACCACAACAGACAACAUCCAAAAUACCACCAACUUCUCAACUUCAUAUGCUGAAGGUCCCGAUGGCAACCAGACAGAGUUCCUCAACACUAUCUUCGAAAACACCGGCGCCAAAUUAGAAGCCGGCUUCCCAGUGUCUGUCGGUGAUACCUUUGGCCAGUUCUGGGGAACAUGGCUCCCUGAGGACCAACUUUUUAGUAACUACUCCGACGUUGCUAGCAAUGGCACAGCCUUUGCUAUGGGCGAUGCUCCUAUGCCCAUCAUGUGCUUUGCAGAGGUCGUACCUGGCAAGUCACCCGAGAUCGGAAAGCUCAUGUUUCCAACUCGCAACACUUCCAAUCUCUUCAACUUGACCGCCUAUGAAGUCACACCAUACGAGUUUGGGUCUUGGGCUGGUGGCCGUGUGCAAGCUUUCAUACCAACCAAGUAUCUCGGCACGUCCAUGUCUGACGGCAAACCACAGAACAGAAGCGAGUGCGUAGAGGGCUUCGAUAAACUCACUUUCAUGCAAGGAACCACUACCAACGCUUUUACCGCAUGGUUCAUCGACUCUUUCUAUGGGGUUCCGAUAUUUGCGAAGCGUUGGUUGGAUAAGAGACAGCAGGUGAACCCGGAUAUCAACGACGUUCCUAUCCCGGAUGAUGAAUAUGAUAAUCCGCUGGUGGAACUUGCCAACCAGACGGCUUCAUACUUUGGCUUGACCUUCAACCAGUCACUUUGGGCGACUUAUCCCAACCCUUUCGAGGGCUACAAUGAGGACAUGAAAGAUGUUUCGGAGCUUCUACUCAUCGAUGGCAGUCUUGCCCUGGAUACCAAUCCUCUCCGCCCUUUAAUCAUUCCUGAACGAAAACUCGACUUGAUAAUUGUGUACGAAGCAUCAUCUGACGCGCCUAAUGGAUGGGUCAAUGGAACAAACCUGAGACACACGGCCAUCGCCGCUUCUCAAGGCAACAUUCCGUUCCCUGAAAUUCCCGACGUGAAUACAAUUGUAGCUCAGAACCUCUCUUUUCAGCCCACAUUCUUCGGGUGCAACGCCAGUGAAGAGACCCCUCUUCUUCUCUGGCUCCCUAAUGCACCGUGGACAGGCUAUACAAACUACUCGUACAUGCAAGCCGAAUUCACCUCGAACCAGCUGGACAUUGCUUUCGAUAACGCUUUCCAGGUUGCUACAUACGGUAACGGAAGUGUCGAUGAGAACUGGCCCGCUUGUCUAGCAUGUGCUGCUAUCAAGGGUUCCUUACGAAGAGUGGAUAUUGACCUGCCCAAGCAAUGUGAUGAGUGUUUCAAUAAGCACUGCUGGAACGGAACCACGAGUUCACGAAAGGCUACCGCUGCUGACUUUGACCUGAAGCCGAGACUUGAUCCUGGACUGACGUUUGAGAAGUGGAAUGAGAGUGACUGGUCUUCUGAGUCGAGGACUGGUGGUAGCGGGGAUGGCAAAGAAGAUGGCUCUGCCGGAGUGAAGAUUGGAAAUAACGUUAUUGGCCUUGUUCUGUCUGUGGCUGCGAUGGUUUAUAUGCUGUAG